AUGACCGAGGCUUCAGACGAGAUCAGCUACGUGCGACUAUUCACUUACGAGCUGGGGUGCGGUCCAGUGGGCUACGCCUCGAGGCAGCACGUGUACGGCGCCAUCUCAGCCUGCCCUGGCGUCCUGGUCACAGACGGGAAGUCGGGAUGCGACGCGAGCGCGAUGAGCGAAUCGGCUGGUCUUGGACUGCGCGACAAACGGACGAGUAUCGAGUGUCUCGGCGUCCGACAGCAGACGGAGCAGACGGCCCUCCAGAUGCGUGGGGUACGCAGCGAUGCUAUGUUAGCCGUCGGCCUGACGAAAGAUCGAGCUGCCAGGGUCUUACUGGAGUUCUUCAGAUCAGGACAACGCUGGAGCUUGGUAGAU